AGUUGUAAAAAGUUGCAACUUUAAGUCUGCGUGUCAGACAGGAAUAAAUUUGAACAUAUCUUUGGGUGGCAAUUUUUAUCUUCCGCUGUUGCUCCGACUGCAGCUGCCACCUUUGCUGCUCGUUGUUAGCUCACGAAUGAGAAGCUACUUGCGUAAAGAUGACUUCCUUCAUCUCCACCCGCGACACCUCCACCCCACCAACCCCGUUCACCUUCCAGCAAGCCAUCGAACUGGGCUACGCACCGGAUGGAGGGCUUUUCGUGCCAGAGACGUUCCAUGCCUUCACCGCAACAGAAAUUUUUGCCUACGUCGAGCGGGUAAACAACCAAGAAGGUUGUAAUUCAGCUACAGGAGAAAUAACAGCCGCGACACUCCCGCCACUGACCUACGCGGAGCUUGCCUUCGACAUCCUGAAAAGGUUUAUCAAAGAGGAGGAAAUCCCGAGAGAUGAUUUACGGGAAAUCUGCGAAUAUCCUGUGCAAAAGUAUCGUACUCGUAUAAAUGCAUUACAAACUUCCUCAGCAUGAGAAAUGAAAUUUGUAAUGCAGAUUUGCCUUGGAAACAAGAUCUGUAAUGCUAAACUUGCAUUUGUACGAGUACGAUACUUUUGCACAACAGAUGAGACGUCCCCAGUGAUAUAGCCGAACAGAUGAUAAACCCGUAACGCU